CGUCGGAACCGAGCCCAGCUGAUCAGCAUGAUCACGGACGUGCAGCUCGCCAUCUUCGCCAACAUGCUGGGCGUGUCGCUCUUCCUGCUUGUCGUUCUCUAUCACUACGUGGCCGUCAACAAUCCCAAGAAGCAGGAAUGAGAGUGGCGCUUUCUCUGCCCCAGGGUUCCAGGACAUAGUCUGAGGCAAGAUGGAGGGUGUGAGGGGCCUUCACACUUCACUUCAUCCCUUCUACCCAUCACAACAUACAAAGCAACUACACCUGGAUUUUUCCAAACAACUUUUAUUUCCUCAAAGUCUUCCUUAACCCUAUGGAACAAGAAGCUGCCACUGAAUAGGAUCCAGUAUAGGGGCUACUUUGUUUUCUACUCCCUCCCCCCAAUAUAA